UCUUCCACCUCUAAUCUCCUACUGGGGUCUAAACCCGUUUAUUCUUUCCAGGUCCACCAUGGCGAGACGGCUUGUCCUUCAAGGAGUACUGAUUCUUUGGUUGGUGGAGGCAGCACAUACAGGGGGUUAUAUUGCCUCAUAUGGAGCUUCCAAUGGACAAGGACCUCGACCUAAUGGAAAUGUACCACAGAAUGGUGGCCGAGUGGGAUCAUUCCUAAUUCCAUCAAAAGGUGUUGGCCGGACAUUGGGACAGCAAAAUGGAUAUGUUGGGUAUCCUAUGAAAGGAAUGGGUUAUGAAGCAGUUGCUGGGAUGAACAAAGGAGUAGGAAUGGAUGGAGGAAAUCAAGCUGCUUUAUCCACUAGACAUGGAGCCAUGACUAAUGGAUAUGGACUGAAAGCCGGCCCAUCAAUUGGACAACAACUGAAAGGUUACGCUACUCAGACUGCUGCUUAUGGACGACAGGGGACUAAAGGAUAUGGAGUUAAAGCCAGACUAGCAAAUCCACAAAAAAUGAAAGGUAAUGGUGCUGAAGCUGCUUUACAAAAUGGAUUUGGAACCAAAGGCAAUGGAUAUGGAGUUAUAUCUGGACCAACCACUGGACAACAAAUCAAAGGUAACGAGGCUCCAGCUGGAAGAUAUGUAGGACAAGGAACCAAAGGCAACGAUUAUGGUGCUAAUGCUGGAGCAUAUGGUGUACAAAGAUAUAAAGGCAGUGGUUUCGGGGCUCAAGCUGGUGGGUAUGGAGGACAAGGCACAAAAGGAAAUGGUCAAGGACUCGUAGCUGGACCAUCCAGUGGCAACGGAGCAAGGUCAGAUGGUCAGGGGGGAUACGGAGGAAAUCUCGGGAAGGGAUAUGGCCGACCUCCUUAUAGGCCAGCUGUGGAAAUGGGACAUUUUGGAGGUCCCCAACCUGCCAGAAACCAAGGGAAGGCAUAUGGUGGUAAUGGUUACAGAAAUCAACCAACUAAAGGCUUUGGUGGAAGUUAUGGUGGGGCUGGUUUGAGUCUGGGACCUCGGUAUGGAAAUGGAGCAAAGGGACCAAUGAAAGGUUACAGUGAUUCAGCUGGUGUAUCCAAUGGAAAAGGUUCACAAUCCAAUGGUCAUGCUGGAGUCAGAUCACCAAAUAGUAAAGGAGCCAUGCCAAAUGGUUAUGGAAAUCCAAGAACUGGAGUUGCCAAGGCUGCUAAAAGAGGAUUUUCCAAUAUCUUGAAUGGUCAUGGUGCCAUACACAAUGGGUACGGAGGUUCCAGAGGAGCCGCUGGAGGACCCCAGCUAGGGUAUUCAAAUGGAGAAACUCCUAAUGGGUAUGGAUCUGAGCCUAAAGGUUACGGAGCGGCUGCUGGAGCUGUCAAAGGAUAUGGUCCCCAAAUGAAUGGCUACGGAUUGAUGGACGGAAAAGGCCAAGCUGUCAGAGGAGCAGAUUUAUCUAAUGGAAAGAGCCUUAAAGGUGGAGUUCUAUCUUCUCAGCAACAGACUGCAGCAGCAGUGGAUGGUGGUGUAGUCCAACAAGUACAAGACAAAAUGUACAAACAGACACAGCUAAACCUGGAGAUCAAUCCACAAUCAGGUCAAGCAAUUCCUGCUAUUUACCCAAACCCUCAGCCUGGACCUGAACCGGCACCUCUGGGUCUACAGGAAAAGGGUCAAAAAGGACCCAAAUAUAGAAGCGUGCCAGAACCAGGAGCUGUCCUCCCUUCAGAUGGGACAGCUGACCCUGAAAGUAACAGAUCCAUAAAAACCAAAGCUGUUGCUGGGUCUGAGGCAGCUGAGAGCACAGAAAACACCCCUCCUGAGGAUGCACUGAGUAUGGCCACAGCAAAGAAAACAGCACAGGGAAGUCUCCCUGGUGGGGAAACUGAGAAUGGGAGAGUUUCUGUCUCCAGCAGCCAAGGAGCUAAACCAGCCAAACCUGACUGUGGACCAACUGGACAGUGGAUGAAGAGACCAAGAUCUGAUUGGCUAAGAGAAAGUUCGUAG